UCCUUACUUCUUAGCAAAUAUUGGGAUCGAUGGUGACAAAUUGACACAAGAUGUAAAAAGUAUCUCCGUAUUAGGUGCUUUCGAGCCACGCACCAUUUUGCUUGAUACCGAUGUUGAGGGGAAAAAAAUAGUUCAAUGUUGGCGGGCACUUGCAUCUAUUGUUGGGGAAUUUAAUGUCAUUGAUGGCAGUUUUAAACGCAAUCCAUUAAAGCAGCGUCAGUUCGCACCAGCAUAUCAAGAACCAGCUUUUAAUACUGUGUAUAAAAGUCUUUGUUUUGACCUCAUAAAUGGUGCUAAACAUUAUUUAGAGGAAUC